ACCGUCUCUUGUCCCCUCUAUUUACCACCUACAAGGCCGUGUCACAACAUUUGUGCUGCACAGCUGGCUCAGCCAAUCGACUCCUUGCACAGGGUCUUCUCGCUUCCCAUUGGCUGGGGCAGUGGAUAUAAGCAAACCGGCAGCCGCUCUUUCCAAGCAGAGCGGCACACGGCGGGACAGGAGAGAGAGAGAGAGAGAGAGAGAGAUUGGCUUGGUGUGGGAACGAGUUUAGCGUAAGAAUCAGCCGACUGAGUGCCUGUUGAAUCUUCUCGCCAGCUGUCCUCCCACAAACUAGAGAGUCUCUUGGCAGCCUGAAAGCCUUCGCAGAGCAGCAGAAUGAACCAGGGUAGCGCCGAUCCAGAGCCGGAGUCCAAAGAGCCUCUUCGAUACCUCAGCAAGCUGGAGGCGGCUGCCAUCGAGACGGAGCUGCUGACUGACUACCGCUUCGGACGGCAGCAGCUCGUCGAGACUUGGGGUCACGCCUGCGCCGUCGCCGUCGCCAAAGCGUUCCCGUUGAGCUCUCUCAGUAAGAAACAGCCCACUGUCCUGGUGGUCUGUGGGCCGGAACAGAACGGAGCCAUCGGCCUGGUCUGCGCUCGUCACCUGCACAUAUUUCGCUCUUCACAUCCCCUGCAUCAGGACUUCACUGUGCAGUGUGAGAAGAUGGACAUCCCCUUCCUAUCCUACCUUCCCACAGAGGUGCAGCUCAUCAAUGAUGCCUACAACCUGGUCAUUGAUGCCAUCUUGGGACCAGAGACAGAUCUUUCCCCUGAGAAGGAGCCCUAUGGCAGCAUCUUGUUGACCCUUAAGCAGGUCAAGAUACCCAUGGCCAGUGUUGACAUACCCUCAGGGUGGGACGUGGAGGAAGCCAGUGCUGACGGCAUCAGACCAGAGGUCCUUAUUUCACUCACCGCACCCAAGAAGUGCACUGUUGCCUUCACUGGGAGACACUUCCUGGCUGGACGCUUUCUGCCCUAUGACAUCCAGAAGAAGUAUGAGCUCAACCUGCCCCAGUAUUUUGGCACAGAUUGCCUUACACAGCUGUAGCACACACCCCACACUCUUCCAUUUUACUGGUUUGUAUUCUACAGAUCAGCAUUUCUCGAUCCGGUCCUCGGGGCCCCACAGACAGUCCACAUUUUUGCUCUCUCAAGGAGAAAAUAUGUAGACUGUCUGGCAGGGAGUUUGGAGGGAGUGAAAACAUGGACCGGCUGUGGAUCCCCGAAAACCGGAUUGGGAAACACUGAUGUAGAUUGUUCCUGUACUAUUUCAGAAUCUGGAAGCUAUAUUGGAGUUUGCUUUUUAAUAAAACAUUCAUUAUAUUUAGAAGCUGGUUUGAAUGAACUUUACAAAGGUUUGCACACAUCAAAAGUAAAGUUUUCUUUUUUCUGCUUGGAAGUCAAAAUCUUUACUGCAAAGUAGUUUAAUGUUAUGUAGAAAUACUGAAAACGUUUAGAUAAACUGUAAUUUAAUCUUAUGUUACAAAUGUACAAAGUUCACCCAAAUCGCUGUUU